GGCAGAUGUGGGGCGCCGGGGGGCCAGCCCGUCCAUGACCAUGGGUGACAAGAAGAGCCCGACCAGGCCAAAAAGACAAGUAAAACCUGCCGCAGACGAAGGCUUUUGGGAUUGUAGCGUCUGCACCUUCAGGAACAGCGCCGGAGCCUUUAAAUGCAGCAUCUGCGAUGUGCGGAAAGGCACCUCCACCAGGAAACCUCGCAUCAAUUCUCAGCUGGUGGCACAGCAGGUGGCACAGCAGUAUGCCACUCCAUCUCCCCCUAAGAAGGAGAAGAAGGAGAAAGUGGAAAAACCUGAGAAAGAGAAACCUGAGAAAGACAAGGACAUUAGCCCCAGUGUCACCAAGAAAAACACCAACAAGAAAACAAAACCAAAGUCUGAUAUUCUGAAAGAUCCUCCUAGUGAAGCUAACAGUAUACAGUCGGCUAACGCUACAACAAAGACCAGCGAAACGAAUCACACCUCAAGACCGCGGCUGAAGAACGUGGACAGGAGCACCGCACAGCUUGGCAACGUCACCGUCAUUAUCACAGACUUUAAGGAAAAGACUCGAUCCUCCUCUACAUCUUCCUCCACAGUGACCUCCAGUGCAGGGUCAGAACAGCAGAACCAGAGCAGCUCGGGGUCAGAGAGCACAGACAAAGGCUUCUCCCGCUCCUCCACGCCAAAGGGCGAUAUGUCAGCAGUAAAUGAUGAAUCUUUCUGAAAUUGCACAUGGAAUUGUGAAACUAUGAAUCAGGGUAUGAGAUUCAAA